CAGAGCGAAGAGGAGAGUUCCUCCUCUCUGGUUUGUUAUUGAGGAGAAGUAUUAAAAAAAAACACACAAAACUAAAGAGACGAAGUUCAACUUAAAGAAGAUUUAUUUUUGGCAGAAACAUUAAAUAAAUACAUUUAAAAAAAGAAGAAGAAGAAGUUUAAACUUUAAAGAGAUGGAGCAGAAAAUGAGUUGUUUUUAAAGCUCCGGUUUUGGUCUCCACCUCCAAUUCCUUUUCAAGGAUGCAUCUUCGUACUUUUGCUGUGUGACGAACAAAAGAUGGAGCGUCAACAAAGGAGAGAGGAGGAAGAGGAAGAGGGAAGAACAGGGAACGCUCUGUCAACGAGGAGAGAAGAAGAAGAAGAAGAGGAGGAGGAGACGAAGGAGGACGCCAAAGAAAAACUGAUCGACGGACACGCUCCGAUCCCCGCCUCCUCCUCCCUCACCUCCUUUCCUUUCCUCUCCUCCUCACUGUGCCGAGGAGGAGGUAGAGGAGGAGGAGACGAGGACGGCGAGGAAGACGAGGUCAGGGUUGCCAUAGUGACCAUCGAGGACGAGUCCUGUCCGUCGGAGCCUUUCGGCGACGCCCACCUGGAGACGGCCAAUCAGAUCGUACGGACGUGUGAUGGAGGAGAUAAAAAGAAGGAAGGAGAGGAAGAGGAGAAGGAAGAGAGGGAGGAUGAGGAGGAGGCAAACAGUGAUGAAAGAGAGGAGGAAGAGGAGGAGAACGACAAGGUGACGUCACCAUCGCUUCACCUGGAGAUCCAGAUGAAGAGGAAGUUGGAUCACGGUCCAGAUGGACGUCCGUUUCCUUCGGGGAAGAAGCACUGCAAAGGAAACGGAUACCUCAGUCCGGCCAGUCUGGUUCAGGCCACCACGCCGACCACGUUCGGUGACCUCCGGUUGGCCAACGGGCACUCGGCUCAGCGGCGCCGCGUCACCUCCGGACCGCCGCCCUCCGGCCUGCAGGACUGGCUCCAUGUCUUCCAGGCCUGGAGCGGUCCAGAGAGGCUGCUGGCUCUGGACGAGUUGAUCGACAGGUGUGAGACCAGCCAGGUGAAGCACAUGAUGCAGGUGAUCGAGCCUCAGUUCCAGAGAGACUUCAUCUCCCUGCUGCCCAAAGAGCUGGCUCUGUACGUGCUGACCUUCCUGGCUCCCAGAGACCUGCUGCAGGCCGCUCAGACCUGCAGGUACUGGAGGAUCCUGGCUGAGGACAACCUGCUGUGGAGGGAGAAGUGCCGCGAGGAAGGUGUGUCAGAGUAUGCGUCGUGUCGUCGCAGGAAGUGUGUGCGUUCAGGUGUGGCGGUCAGUCCGUGGAAGUCGGCCUACAUCAGACAGCACCGCAUAGAGAACAACUGGAGGAAGGGGGACACGGGAGAACCCAUGGUGCUGAAAGGUCACGACGAUCACGUGAUCACCUGUCUGCAGUUCAGCGGCGACCUCAUCGUCAGCGGCUCCGACGACAACACGCUCAAGGUCUGGUCGGCCAUCACCGGAAAGUGCCUGCGGACGCUGUCGGGUCACACCGGCGGCGUGUGGUGCAGUCAGAUGGCCGUCGCCACGGUGAUCAGCGGCUCCACCGACCGGACGCUGCGCGUGUGGGACGCCGAGAGCGGCGAGUGUGUGCACACGCUGUACGGACACACGUCCACGGUGCGAUGCAUGCAUCUCCACGGCAACCGGGUGGUCUCGGGCUCCCGGGACACGACGCUGCGCGUGUGGGACGCGUCGACGGGCCGCUGUGAACACGUGCUGACGGGUCACGUGGCGGCGGUGCGCUGCGUGCAGUACGACGGGCGCCGCGUGGUGUCGGGAGGAUACGACUACAUGGUGAAGGUGUGGGACCCCGAGACGGAGGCCUGUCUGCACACACUGCAGGGACACACCAACCGGGUGUACUCACUGCAGUUUGACGGUGCGUUCGUGGUCAGCGGGUCGUUGGACACUUCGAUCAGAGUCUGGGACGCAGAGACAGGUGGGUGUGUCCACACGCUGACGGGCCACCAAUCGCUGACCAGCGGCAUGGAGCUGCGUGACAACAUCCUGGUGUCCGGGAACGCCGACUCAACAGUCCGAGUCUGGGACGUCCGGACGGGACAAUGUCUCCACACGCUGCAAGGUCCCAACAAACACCAGUCGGCGGUGACGUGUCUUCAGUUCUGCAGAGGUCUGGUUCUGUCCAGCUCCGACGACGGGACGGUCAAACUCUGGGACCUGAAGACCGGAGCCUGGCUGAGAGACGUGGUGGCCCUGCAGAGCCGGGGAUCAGGUGGCGUCGUUUGGCGAAUCAGAGCGUCCGACACGAGGCUGGUUUGCGCCGCCGGCAGCAGGAACGGGACGGAGGAGACCAAACUGUUGGUGCUCGACUUCGACCUCGACGACGGGAAGACGGAGACGGAGUGAAAGGACGUCGCCGAGGACGGAAAAAAGAUGAUGGGACAUUUUAUUCUUUUUGACCAAAGUCGUGACUGGAUUGACAGCUAUGAAUGUCAACAACAACGGUUCUGAUUGGCUGUCGGACGGACAAAACAA